AUGUCGAUGUCCCUCCUCCUGUAUAUAAAGGCGUUUGUUCUGAAUGUGAUGAUAUGCCACUAUGCUGUUGGAAAUUUGCUUAAUUCCCCUCUUGUGAAAGAAGUGGAGGAAUGUCCUAUGAACGAAACAUUAUGGACAGAGAAAUCCAAGGAAAUAUGCAAUAACACCCAAGAUACACCCUAUCACUGUCUACCUAUAGACUCUCUAAAUGGAUCAGUUGAAGGUUGUCUUCAAGUCAAAACAAUUCAAUCAGAUUAUUGUGCGAUCUACAACACGUUUUCAAACACAGCAGUUUUUGGCAAUAUCAGUAGUUGCAAAGGAAAGACAAACUUCAGCUGUCCGAUAACCGCUUACUCUUCCAAUGAAAUUUAUCGAUAUCCAUCCUGUCUGAAAAUAAAUCCUUUGAAGAGGUGUUAUCUUGACGAUCCUACCUGUCCGAAUGUCGUUAGCAACGGCGAAGGUUUCACAAAUACAUGGCAACUGCCUCUUCUGAUGUUGCUCUUGUGGAGCGCUGUUGAUAGUUAGAACCAAACAUCUACAAUCCUCAUCAACUAAUAUUAAAGGUUUCCUUCAACACUUUCUCACAGUUUGUAAUCCGGGCUUUUUGGCGCUGCAACCAUGGAUAAUAUAAACAUUUUAGUACCUAGUACUAAUUCUUCGACAAAACAACUAAAACCAUUGUAUGCCCAUUCAUUUAUCUAAGGAAGCUAUCAUUUAACAACGUUCCAUUCCUAUUCCAUUUUUAAUCUGCAGCUUGUUAAUUUCCAAUUUUAAAAAAAAAGGAAAUUCCCAUUGACGAAUAUUGGCAUUUACUAGUGCAAAAUCAUAUUAACUAACUACAAAUAAACUUCAUCACUAUUAAAGUACA